AUGGCUGGCAUCAAACGCAAAGCAGAAAUCGAAAUACCCAUCGUCGACGAGAACGACUUGCUGAAAUUGACACCUCUUGGAUCGGGUAAUGAGGUUGGUCGGUCGUCCAUCUUGCUUGAAUACAAGGGCAAAAAAGUAUUGCUCGAUGCUGGUAUCCAUCCUGCAUACAAUGGUUUGGCCUCGUUACCUUUCUUUGAUGAAAUUGAUCCCGCAAGUAUCGAUGUCUUGUUGGUGACUCAUUUCCACGUCGACCAUGCUGCUGCUGUUCCUUAUUUGAUGGAAAGAACAUCCUUCAAAGGUCGCGUAUUCAUGACACAUCCUACCAAGGCCAUUUAUAAAUGGUUGUUGAAUGAUUAUCUACGUGUCAGCAAUAUUGGAGACGAGGAUCAACUAUAUACCGAGGAGGAUCUUAUCAACUCCUUCAACCGUAUUGAAGCUGUCGAUUAUCAUCAACAAGUGGAAAUGGAAGGCAUCAAGUUUACUUCGUUUAAUGCUGGUCACGUACUUGGUGCAGCCAUGUUUUUGAUCGAGAUUGCCGGUGUACGCGUUCUUUAUACGGGUGACUAUUCGCGUGAAGAAGAUCGUCACUUGAUGGCAGCCGAGAAACCGGAUAGUCCAGUGGAUGUUUUGAUUGCAGAGAGUACUUAUGGCACACAAUCACACGAGCCACGUAUCGACAAGGAGAAUCGGUUUACAACGUUGAUUCACAAUAUCGUGGGCCGUGGUGGACGAUGUCUUAUGCCGGUGUUUGCCUUGGGUCGUGCACAAGAAUUGUUGCUCAUUCUCGACGAGUAUUGGGAGGCUCAUCCAGAACUUGACAGCAUUCCAAUUUACUAUGCUUCCAGCUUGGCCAAAAAGUGUAUGGCAGUGUACCAAACGUAUAUCAACAUGAUGAACGCCAAAAUCAGAAAGCAAUUUGCUAUCUCCAAUCCAUUCGUGUUCAAGCAUAUCAGUAAUCUUCGCAACGUGGAGCAAUUUGAAGACUCGGGUCCCUGCGUCAUGAUGGCUAGUCCUGGUAUGCUUCAGAAUGGCUUAUCUCGAGAAUUAUUUGAACGAUGGGCACCUGAUAAAAAGAAUGGCUUGGUAUUCACCGGUUAUUGUGUCGAAAACACAUUGGCAAGGCAAGCCAUGAAUGAGCCACCAGAUUUCAAUGCUAUGGAUGGUCGCAAGAUUCCUUUAAGGAUGUCCGUUGAUUACAUUUCAUUCUCUGCCCAUGUUGAUUUUACACAAAACAGCCAGUUUAUUGAAGAAGUCAAGGCACCUCAUGUGAUGCUUGUGCAUGGUGAAGCAAACAACAUGUUUCGGUUGAAAUCAGCAUUGCAAAGCAGGUAUUCCGAACGCGAAGAAAACAUCAAGAUCUACACACCCAAAAACUGUGAGACUGUAAAGUUGCAUUUCCGUGGUGAGAAAAUGGCCAAGACCAUUGGUACAUUGGCAGCCAAGUAUCCUACUGAAGAUGAGCCAUUGAACGGUGUCAUUGUUGCCAAGGACUUUCAACUCAACAUCAUGUCGACAGAGGAUUUGAACGAGCUGGGUGGAUUGAUCACAACCGUUGUCACUCAGCGACAAGUCGUGCCUUUCAAUGCAGCCAUCAGCUUACUAAAGUGGCAUUUGGAAAUGAUGUUUGGUACUGUGCAAGAGACGGAUCUCAGCAAAGUGGAUGGAUCAACCGAAAAAGGAUCCGUGUUGCGUGUUUUCGAUACCAUUGAUAUCAAAAAACUCCAAGGCGCAGGUAAUCAAUUGAUGCUCGAAUGGAUUGGAAAUGCCAUGAAUGAUAUGGUGGCCGAUUCGGUGCUGGCGGUGAUCUUGUCGGUGGAUAGUUCUCCUGCCAGUGUCAAAGUGAGUACUCAGCCAUGCUCGCAUUCACAUGAUCACGAUGAAAAGUCCGUGCACUUGAAGGUGGAUGAAGAGAUUGCAUCCGAUUUCAGAAACAUGGUUACCUUUUUGGAAGAGCAGUUUGGAAAAGUCGAUGCCAAUGAAGAAGAUCACAAGAUCACGGUCGAUGUGGAUGGUGUCAAGGCUACUAUUGACUCUAUCAAAUUUAGCGUUGAUUGUGAGAAUGAGGCUCUUCACAAGCGUGUCACCAAUGUAGUUCAGCACGUCAAGAUGGCCAUGAAGCCUAUUUCAGUAUUCUAA